AGCACGUGCGGAGAACACAACUCACUCCCUAAGACCCUAACACAGGAAGCCUACUCUUCCAACUGGGCCAAUCCAUGGCAUUACAAACCAUGUACCUUUAGCAAUAAUUAUUGUACCUCCAUGGAUCUCCUCCAAUGCUCCACCAUCCUGAUCCCUAAAAUUCAACUCAAUCGUCCCUUCCGUACACCACUUGGCCCAUGCUUCGCUGCCAUGAGGUCAAGUUUGAGCCUUCCAUUUCCCGGACAGAAAGCAAAAUACUUUAAAGAGCUGGAAGCUGCUGUUGAUGUUGUUGAGCGAGCUUGUCGUCUCUGCAUUGAUGUGAAGAGUUUGCUGUUCUCCAAUGAUGAUAGGAUUAUUGAGAAAAAUGACCAAACCCCAGUCACUAUUGCAGAUUUCGGUGUGCAGGCUUUGGUCAGCCUGGAGAUGAACAGACUCUUCCCAUCCAUUCCCUUGGUGGCUGAAGAGGACUCAUCAUUCUUGCGGUCAACUAAUCUAGUUGGAUCAGUGGUUGAUGUGGUCGCGAAUAAAGCAACUUUUAGAGACGAAGUAACAGAAGACAAUGUCUUGAAAGCAAUUGACAGAGGGGGGAAGGAUGCUUGUAAGUUUGGGCCUAACCCAGCUACAUACUGGGUACUAGAUCCCAUUGAUGGGACACGGGGGUUUGUUAGAGGCGUUGAAGCUCUUUAUGUGGUGGCUUUGGCUCUUGUGGUUGAUGGACAGAUUGCCUUGGGAGUUAUGGGGUGCCCUAACUGGGAUGAAGACUAUUUUGUUAAUUGUGUCACUGGGGUCCAAGAAACUGGAAACAAUUUUUUUAGAUCAGGGAUGAUCAUGGUUUCUCAUGUGGGUUGUGGAACGUGGAAACAAAGGUUGUCGGACAUGUUAACCAUCGAGUUGCCUCAAAGUUGGACAAGAUGCUCCGUUGAUGGAUGCCAAGUACUUAAGGAGGCACGUUUUUGUACUCCAGAAAGUCAAAAGUGGGAAUCAUUUCCUCUAUCAUCCUCAUUUAAUGCAAAAACAAACUCUGAAAAAAUAGGGAAAAGAGACAUCCUUCUUGUGCCUGCAUGCUGUGGAAGUUUGUGCAAAUAUAUGAUGGUGGCGUCUGGUAGAGCAUCUGUGUUUCUUCUUCGUGCAACAACCAGAAAAGUUAUGAAGCAUUCUGAUAUGAACAUGACUCCACUGAAGAAAAUCUCUGGCUAUGCCCCUGCUUGGGACCAUGCUGCUGGAAUCAUAUGUGUUCAUGAAGCUGGGGGAAAGGUGACUGACUGGGAAGGAAGUUCAAUUGAUUUUGCAGUAGAUCAAGUUGCACGGAGAACUAUAUUUCCUUCGGUUGGUUUUCUUGUGACGAAUCAUAGCUUACAUAAUGAGAUACUUGGACUGAUAUCUUCAAAUUCAUCAAUUAAUUGAUGGCAUGGGGUUUCUGGUGACAAAUCAUACCGAGUUCUUUUUAUCAACCUGUACUUUCUUCAUCAUUAGAAUAUUGACAUUAUAUUGUUUCUUAGCAAAUUUGUAUUCUUUGGGCCUCAAGUGGCUAAUUCCACAUAAAAAUCCUUCAAGUUGGAGAUCUUCAUAGGGAAUGAUUCAUUUAUUAUCUAGGAAUAGAUAUCACUUCUGGAGCGGACUGCAUUUCAUUCUUUGCUGAGAAGCUGUUGUAACACAAGGAUUGUUACUCAUUUUUAUCCACACAAUGAUUUUGCGUCA